AACAGCGUUCGCCCUGCAGGAAGCCCCAGUACGCACGUGCUGCAGCCACCUUGGGGCAGCGUGUGGUGCGAUUGAAUGCAGUUAUCAUGACGCCCUGUUGCCGGAAGACUAGACAGCAAGCGUUCGCUUUUAGCGAGACCUCGACUGGAAAGCAUGAACCAGCUCCGGCCAGCGCGUGGCGUUCGUGCGACCGAGCGCGCACUGUGGCCGAGGUCAGCGUUAACAUCGUUACGUCAGGUGGUGCGAGUGAGUUCCACAUGAAUUUGUCUGGCAGUUGUAGGCGUACAGACAUCUUUCAGAGUGGGAGCAUCGAUGAGCCGAUGUUUGCGCUGUUGUCGGAGUGUCCCACCGCUGCCACCGAGUUACCUUAAAGUGAUGGUUGCUGUCUAAAAAGAACACCACGGCAGAAUUGUGGGCAGCCGCGCGGCGCUGCUGGCGGCCCAAGUCUGGCAUCGGCCGCCGCGAUGAAGACCCGGCGCCGCACCCGUCGUGAAAUGACGUAUGGCCUGAUCUUCCUGAUCAGCUUGACUUUAGUGUGCUCCGGGAUCGCCGUGUUUCCGAUGCACAGCAGGGGCCUCGGACUCGGGCUGAUCAUCUGCGGCAUGGUGGUCGUCGUCGCGGGAGCGCUUAUCAUGGACUCGCGAGCCACCCAUGCGAGCGCCUCCAAGCAGUACCGGCCGCCGGCCUACGAGGCGGUAAUGGCGCAUCGCGAGGAAGACGAGGGCGGCGUGACGCCGACCCUCGGUUCACGGCCAACGUCGCCGCGACGGCACUGGAGCCUCCCUUCUCCCUGGCUCACGCCGAGCCAGGGCCUCCCUGAAUCGAGCGGUGUCAAUGACCCCCGCAUCGGGCGCAAACUGAGCGCGCAGCUGCCGCGGAGCGACCGCGGUGAGCAAGACCGUCUGCAGGGCCGCUUUGUCUACACGCUCCCAAAUGCCCACGGCUCGGCGGCCAACUAUUUGAUCUGGUCGGCCGGCGACUCGACGGAACGCGACGCUAUGGGCGGGCCGAGCGUCCUGCCAGGUGUUUCCUUCGAUGGGGCCUCGCCCGUGCAUCCUGCCCGUGUAUCGCGCGGCGGCGGAAAGUGCGCACCGCGAGGCUGCGAGCCGCCUUCGUACGACGCGGUGCUGGCCGGCGAUCUCCGCGCUGGUGCCGGUGGCGUCGCGUCUCCCGGCCGCCGGGGCGAUGACGGCGGCCGGAUGACGCGGGGCCGAUCGUCGGCACCCGAGCUUCUUCUCUGCUCGCCCCCGUCGACCGCCGCUGCUCCCCUGGGCUGUGCCGACCGCUAGUGUGCACCCCGGGCGUCGCGCACUACCGCUGCUUGCGCUCAGCGUGGCAGCAGGCGCGAGGAGCAGCUGUUGUGUCUAUGAAACUAGAGAGUCUUUGCUCUUCAAAACAGCGCGGACGUUUAUCGGCGAGCGCACAGCUGCGCGGCAGUCCCUGUUUGCUCGGCGCAGUGCUGCGCAUGGGAUCUCGUCGGUGAUUCCAAGGAUGGAGAUGAACCACAGCUGUGGCGGGACGACCACUGCUGAGCGUCCAUGAAGCGCAGCGCCCUCUAUGCGAUCGGGGCCUUCCUCGUGGCCCUGUGUGUGGCCGGCAUCUUUUGCGUCAUCCUCGCCGACAUCACCGUCGGCCUCUUCAUCAUUGGCACAGCGCUUACCGUGGCCCUCCUUUUCGGCAUCGUGUGGAUGGGCCGCACCUGCUACGGCGGAAUGCCGCGCCGCCCGUCGCUUAGUGCCUCGACAGACGAGCAUUCUCAGCCGCCGGGAGACUCCCUCAUGGCCAUCGACAUUCCGCCCUAUCCGGCGCCAUCGGAGAAGGCGUUCCGAGAGGCGCACAGUGACAGGGCCGACUCGAGGGCCGUGCUCUACAAAAGCAGAGACGGGGCCGUAGUCAUAACGAAGAGGCCACCCGUUCUCAGCGACUCGGACAAUGAUUACAGCGGCGUGUAUCUUUAGGGAGCAGUAGAGCUCUUGCUGAAAGCGUGGCGUUCACCGGGGAUUUCCGCAGCGACAAAGUAUUAAGGUUGUCGACUGCGUUUGUUUACUUUUCCUCCAUUUUAAAGCCAGUGUUCAAAGAUACUUUGCCGGUCAUAUGACAGGAAGUUGAAGCGUCGCUGCUGCUUCUAUCCCGUGUACCCCUUGUUUUUCCUGCAGCUGC